AUGCCCACUUUCAGCAAUAGUGUAAGAGAAGAGGUUAUCGACGUAACACUGAGCACGCUUAACUUAGCUCAGGACAUCAGGGACUGGAAAGUGUCUCUAACACCCUCUCUAUCGGAUCACAGGUUUAUACUGUUCAAGACUGAUGGAGAGAUUCCGGAUAAAUAUGCUCGGAAUCCCAGGCAUACUAGAUGGGAGUCCUUUAGGGCAGACAUUGACAGUAAGCUUGGAGCGGUCCCAUACAGGCUUGGCAGGGGCUCUGACAUAGAAGCAGCUGUCGAGUCUCUGAGCAGGGACUUGACGGCCGCAUAUGAGGAAAACUGCCCGUUACGCAAAGUACAAGACAUGUUUUCUCUGGAGGACAGUGGUGGAACGCAAAAUGACGGUGAAGUUAUAGUAUAUACUGUGUGUGGGCUGGGAUCCAAUGCACCGCCAAAGGUUCAUGUUAAGGUUGAGGCCACACUGCAGGCGAUCAGGUGGUGUCCACGAAGCGUGAACAGUGAGAUAGAGGGCAGCACAAUGACUACAAAUUGCCAACCGGUCGGACAAUGCCCAACCAAUUUCUGGCUGUUCGAUGGAUGA